UACCUUAGUGGCAGCACCAAAACAAACGCGACAAGCUGUAGGCAGUUAAAUAAAAAACACUUUUAAUGAACAGUCAAUAACAAUUAGAUAAAUAAACAUAUAUAGGUAGCUAUAGAAAUUUAGUACAUAUACAGGUUUGCUGUGAAUUGCCUGCGAUUCGUGUGGCGCUUAUGUGCGCCGUGCAACGUGAGUUGCUGUCAGUGCUGCCUGUUUAAGCCACAAAGAAGCUAAAUUUAUUUCCUGAAAUGGAAGAACAAAAUAGAGUUAACCUGCUGUGGAACUGCGCCAAGGAGUUAAGCACGCAAACACACGCCGAGCGCCUGCUCAAAUCAUACUACAUCAAUAUCAGCCGCAAGCUGGCCCGGCAUAAUGUCCAACUGCCCGAGGACAGCGUGGGCCCGGCUCGCAUGUGCGCCCGUUGCGGCAAUCAAUGGUGCGACGGCAACUAUGAACUCCACUUGCGGCCGCAGCGUUUGGCGAACAAUGCCAAACGACGUAGGCUGAUCGCCCAGCUGGACGCGGUCAAGGCCAAGCAGCAGCGGGGCAUGCUGAGCACCGGGGCCAGAAAGCGCGCCAAUUGGCUGAAGAAGCGCAUGGCCAGCCAUGUGGCUGUGGACUGCGGGUUUUGCGGGCACAAAACCAUGUUGCCGCUGGAAAAGCCUAAAAAACGAGCUAAAUCCGAAACGGUUGAAACAAUGGCAACAGCUUCAGCAACAACAACAACAACAACAACAACAACAGUCGCAGCGCCCGCGAUGGGCAAACGGAAAAAGAAGCAAAGAAAUAAAGACGUCAAUGCUGGGCUGAAGAUACCAAUGCCAACAGCCCAAGCCCAACAAAAACAAAAGGCGCCGAAAGCGCCCACAACAACAACGGCAGCAAAAAAAGCAACAACAGCAACGACGACGACGACGACGGGCCAAAGCAACAAACAGAAGAAAUCGAAAGCAGCGCCAACGCCCGCCGCCAGCAAUCCGCAAAAAAUGCAAUCGAAAACACAAAAGCAAAACGCGCUGCUGCAGCUGGCAGCGCAGUUAAAAACGCACGCGUCGCAAAACGCCAAUAAAACGCAACAGAAUCGCUUGCAAGCGCUUCUCAAGUAAAAUUUUGAGAUUUAAGUACCCAGAAAAACGAACAAA